UACCUUAUAUGUAUAUAUAAAUAUGUUGUAAACUUGUAAUCCUACUACUCUUAUCCUUGUUUCUUCUAAACAUGUCAAACGAUCCUCAAGUCAUUAAUGUCUCUGAAUCAAUCACAUCGGUUCCUUCUGCUCCUAAUGUCGAAACAAGACCAAAAAUACCCUCAAUCGAAAUUGAUGCUGCUGGAGUAGUAAAGAAAAUGAAGAGAGAAAACAUGUUGAGCAUAUUAUCUCUCAGUUUGAGAUGGUCGAGUUUUGUAUUUUCGUUUCUUGCUUUUGUUGUCAUGCUCUCCAAUCGACAUGGAGAGGGAAUUAAUUUUGAAGAAUAUGAAGAAUACAGUUAUUUGUUGGCAAUUGCAAUUAUCUCCACUGUAUAUACAGCCUACCAAGGAAUUCGAGAAGUCAUCCAAUUUGUUACUAAAAUAUAUACGUUUCCUCAACCAACUUUUGCCAUCAUUGACUUUGUUGCAGAUCAGGUUUUGGCAUAUUUGUUGAUAUCAGCAGCAUCAGCAGCAGUUCCUUUGACAAAUAGAGGAAGAAAACUGGAUGAUCAAGGGUUCACAAUAAUAACGAAGUUUUUUGAUAUGGCAGCUGCUUCCAUUAGCAUGGCUUUCUUGGCCUACUUUACCUUCGCAAUUUCUCUUCUCAUUUCUGGAUACAAAUUUUCCACUCAUUUUGUUGGUUGAAUUAUAACAAAUAUCCUCGUUAAUUUAUCAUUUCUUUUUAAAAUAUCUUUAUACUUUCGAAAUUUGCAAUA